UUGCUGAGAAUUCGUAGGAAGUUUCUGUACCACCACAGCAUUCAAACAUUAUAAAUUUGUCAAAUCAAACCACGACUCUAUUGUCUUUUUAUCUCCUUCGAUACAAUCCAUUUUAUUUGCAUCAUCCACACGCGAUCUCUAUAUUUUAUUACAUGUGUUUGAAUAUAUACAUAUAUAUAUAUAUACAUGUAUUUAAUUCAAAACGUUGAAUGAUAGAGGAGAGGAGUGAGUCAUCUACAAUCAAAUGCAAAAGACAGAUAAGAAGAUUCCCCUGUCUCUUCAAUCCCUAACCUCAAUUUUAUAUUCACCAUCUUGAUUCCAAAUUACUCAUCAAUUCCAUUAUCUUCAUCUUCUUCACACGGUACCAAUUAUAGAUCUUGAAUACGGCCAUGGCGUCGCUCAGCUUCAGUCAGAUCAUCGGAGCCAAAACCUCCGCGGUUGAGUAUCCACGAAGACGGCAGAGUUUUGGUCGUCGGUGUGGUAGCAGAGUUGGAGUGUUGAAGGUUUCUGCUUCGGGGGAGAGUCGAUCAGAGCCCGAUCUUAGUGUGACCGUCAAUGGUCUCCAAAUGCCCAAUCCGUUUGUCAUCGGGUCGGGUCCUCCGGGGACCAAUUAUACGGUCAUGAAGAGGGCUUUCGAUGAAGGUUGGGGUGCUGUCAUUGCCAAAACAGUUUCAUUGGAUGCUGCAAAGGUUGUAAAUGUAACUCCUCGAUAUGCUCGCUUACGGGCAGAUGGAAAUGGCUCAGCCAAAGGACAGAUUAUUGGCUGGGAAAAUAUUGAACUCAUAAGUGACCGGCCUCUUGAAACCAUGUUGAAAGAGUUCAAGCAAUUGAAAGAAGAGUAUCCAAAUAGGAUACUUAUUGCUUCAAUCAUGGAGGAGUAUGACAAAGGUGCCUGGGAGGAGCUUAUUGACCGAGUGGAGCAAACUGGAGUUGAUGCCAUUGAAAUCAACUUCUCAUGUCCUCAUGGUAUGCCAGAGCGUAAAAUGGGUGCUGCAGUUGGGCAAGAUUGUGCAUUGUUGGAGGAGGUUUCUGGAUGGAUCAAUGCGAAAGCCACUGUUCCAGUGUGGGCAAAGAUGACUCCAAACAUCACUGACAUUACACAGCCAGCUAGAGUGUCCCUGAGAUCAGGAUGUGAGGGAAUAGCUGCUAUUAACACAAUCAUGAGUGUCAUGGGGAUCAAUCUCAAAUCCUUACGUCCGGAGCCCUGUGUUGAAGGAUACUCAACUCCUGGGGGCUAUUCAUGCAAGGCAGUCCAUCCUAUUGCACUUGGUAAAGUGAUGAGUAUUGCGCAAAUGAUGAAGUCAGAAUUUAAUGAUAAGGACUACUCUCUUUCUGGUAUUGGAGGUGUUGAGACAGGAGGUGAUGGUGCUGAAUUUAUCCUUCUCGGAGCAAAUACAGUUCAGGUCUGCACAGGUGUUAUGAUGCAUGGUUAUGGUCUCGUGAAGAAACUAUGCUCUGAGCUGAAGGAUUUCAUGAAAAUGCACAAUUUUUCAUCAAUAGAAGAUUUCAGAGGGAUUUCUCUUCCGUACUUCACAACUCACACAGAUUUGGUACAAAGGCAGCAAGAAGCGAUCUGGCAGAGGAAAGCUGCCAGGAAAGGAUUGCAGUCUGACAAAGACUGGACAGGAGAUGGCUUUGUGAAAGAAACUGAAAGCAUGGUUUCUAACUGACGUUGUAUUGCAAUAAGCAUUUUUCCUUUUAUUAUUGAAAAUAAAUUUGGCUUUCGAACUCUGUAUUCGGGUCUAGGAUAGAGUCUUCUUUCCUUCAAAUUUGGGUGCAGGGUUGAAGUCCUUGUAGAUUGAAUUGUUGGAUGGACUCACUUUUGUGAGGCUUGUUCUGGUAAUAAUGAAUGAAGAACAGUUUAGGAUUUCAUGGCGUAA